GAGGCGUCUGAAACGCUGUUGGCUUCCCGAUUUCACCUCUGCUGCCAACUUUGGCUUUUUACUGGGAGGAGGGGGACCUAAAAGUGGGCGACUGUGGAAAAGGGGGGUAAGGGGGACUUCCGUUUCUAUCUAGAGUCUGGUUUUUUAUCCAGAGGCUUGGACUUUAUUUUUUUAUCUCUUUCGAGAAAGACGGUGGGGACGGUCAACCGACCCCCCUUCUUUUCACUUGUCUUUGCUGCUACUCAUUUUUCUCUCUCUCUCUCUCUCCUGGGUUUUUUUUUUUUCUUUUCUUUGUUUUCUGAGGCCUCGUAGAAUCCACAUGUGUGGUUUUUUGGCUUUUUAAUCUUCUCCUCCUUUGCUCUAGCUCCUGCCAUUUCUAUGCUUCGGAAGCCUUUCUUUCGCUUUUCUUGGCUUCUCGCCUUCUUGUUCUGAGAGUCAUGGAAUAGAGAAAAAGGUUGAAGCUGAGUCUUUUGGUUUGGGAUUUUUUUUUAAUCUUUUUCUUGCUCGGAUUUGGUUGGGGUUGGGGUUUGGGUUUUGAGGGGGUAGCGGAGGGAGAGGGAGACGGAAAGAGAACGAGGCGCUAGCGGGAGUCGCUUGGCUUCCUUCUCUUUCUUUCUGCCCUACUGUCACAGAGGGAGAGGGAGCCUGGAGGCAUGUGUUCAUAACCCGUUUAUGCUUUUGCCUCCUCUGAUCUCUCCGUUCCUCUAGAUCUCUUCUUAUCUAUUUUUCUUUUCUUUUGUGUUUUAUUUCUUGGUCUCUGGGAAAUUCAGAAAAUUUGGGUUGGAAAGAGAGACAUCUCCUUUUAGAUCUAGUAGUACUACAACCAGUAUUACUGUGGAAAAAAAGAGAGGAGGAGGCCGUGUAAGACGAAGAGUUGAGAAGAGAAUAAAAGGAGGGGGUUCAUCGAUGAGUUUGGGUGGCUUGUUCGACGGUGGUUCUGGUGGCGCUCGGGUUGUGGCCGACAUCCCGUAUGGCAGCCCGGCGAUGCCCGCCGGUGCCAUCUCCCAGUCGCGCCUAGUCUCCCCCUCCCUCCCUAAGCCUUUGCUUAGCUCCCCCGGCCUCUCCCUCGCCCUGCAAACAAAUAUGGACGGGCAAGGGGACAGAAGUCUAUCAUCCAUUGUCGGUGGUGCAGCCGGCGGCGGAGGACGGGAUGCGGACACAGUGGGUAGGUACAAGGAAGAUGAGAACGAGAGCAGAUCGGGGAGCGACAACCUUGACGGUGGCUCCGGCGACGAUAUAGACCAGGAAAACCCUCGGAAAAAGAAGAGAUACCACCGGCACACCCCUCAGCAGAUCCAAGAGCUCGAGGCUCUCUUCAAGGAAUGCCCCCACCCGGAUGAGAAACAAAGGCUGGAGCUCAGCCGAAGGCUCAAUCUGGAGAGUCGCCAGGUCAAGUUCUGGUUCCAGAACCGGCGUACCCAGAUGAAGACGCAAAUGGAACGCCAUGAGAACAAUAUCCUCAAGCAGGAGAACGACAAGCUCCGGGCUGAGAACCUGUCCAUCAGGGAUGCGAUGAGGAACCCCAUCUGCAGCAACUGCGGCGGGCCGGUGGUGCUUGGUGAGGUCUCUCUAGAAGAACAGCACCUGAGAAUUGAGAAUGCCCGUCUGAAAGAUGAGCUCGAUCGAGUCUGUGCUCUCGCCGGAAAGUUCUUAGGCAAACCUGCUUCAGCCUUGGCGAAUCCACUCCCUCUCCCCUUGCCCAGCUCAAGCUUAGAGCUUGCGAUCGGUACCAUCGCUUUUGCCGGGUUGGGCUCGGCUGCUAUGACCUUGCCCGUCGUUGCUGAUUUCCCCACUGCGGUGUCGAGCCCACUCGGAAGUGUUGGUACUCCUGUCAGGACUGUCGGCACCUUGGGUGGGGUCGAGAGGGAGAGGACCAUGCUGUUGGAGCUUGCGCUGGCUGCCAUGGAUGAGCUGGUGAAGAUGGCCCAAAUGUUCGAGCCCCUCUGGAUCCCAAGCUUGGAAGGGGGUAAAGAGACACUGAACUAUGACGAGUACGAGCGGGUGUUCCCUCGCUGCAUCGGGAUGAAGCCUGCUGGAUUUGUGUCGGAGGCCACCAGGGAGACGGGUUUAGUGAUCAUCAACAGCUCCGCCCUCGUUGAGACUCUCAUGGACGCGGCCCGGUGGGCGGAUAUGUUCCCUUGCAUGAUUGCGAGAACCACCACCACUGAAGUAAUUUCCAGUGGCAUGGGUGGUACUAGAAAUGGCACCCUCCAGCUUAUGCAUGCGGAGCUUCAGGUUCUUUCACCGUUGGUUCCGAUUCGUGAUGUAAAUUUCCUCAGGUUCUGCAAACAGAUCGCUGAAGGUGCCUGGGCUGUAGUCGAUGUCUCCAUUGAUGGAAUUAGACAGAAUGCUUCUGCUCCUACGCCGAAUAUGAAGUGCCGCAGGCUGCCUUCUGGCUGUGUGGUUCAGGACAUGCCUAAUGGCUAUUCUAAGGUCACAUGGGUGGAACACGCUGAGUACGACGAGUCCGCGGUUCACCAGCUGUACCGCCCUCUCCUCCGCUCCGGCCUCGGCCUGGGCGCCCGCCGCUGGGUCGCCACCCUCCAGCGCCAGUGCGAGUGCCUCGCCAUCCUCAUGGCCUCCUCCCUCCCCACCCGAGACCAUAACACAAUAACUGCGAGCGGGAGGAGGAGCAUGCUGAAGCUGGCACAAAGAAUGACGGAUAAUUUUUGUGCGGGGGUUUGCGCGUCGUCGGCGCACAAAUGGAGUAAGCUGAGCGUGGGGAGUAUAGGGGAAGAUGUGAGGGUGAUGACAAGGCAGAGCGUGGACGACCCCGGGGAGCCGCCUGGGGUGGUGCUGAGCGCCGCGACUUCAGUGUGGCUGCCGGUCUCGCCGCAGCGGCUGUUCGAUUUCCUCCGGGACGAGCGGCUCCGGAGCGAGUGGGACAUACUGUCGAACGGGGGGCCCAUGCAGGAGAUGGCCCACAUCGCCAAGGGCCAGGACCACGGCAACGCCGUCUCCCUUCUCCGUGCCAGCGCGGUGAACGCAAACCAGAGCAGCAUGCUGAUACUGCAAGAGACGUGCACCGACGCGUCGGGGUCGAUGGUGGUGUAUGCGCCGGUGGACAUACCGGCAAUGCACGUCGUCAUGAACGGCGGCGACUCCGCAUACGUGGCCCUCCUCCCGUCGGGCUUCGCCAUCCUGCCGGACGGCGGCGGCGGGGGAGCGCAGAAGGUUGUGGGGUCGCUGCUGACCGUGGCGUUCCAGAUCCUGGUCAACAGCCAGCCCACCGCCAAGCUCACCGUUGAGUCGGUGGAGACCGUCAACAACCUCAUCUCCUGCACCGUCCAGAAGAUCAAGGCCGCCCUCCACUGUGAUCCUCAGUAAAAUUGCACCGACUCCCUCUUUGUUUUCCUAUCAAUCAAGAGAAAAAAAGAUAUAAAAAAAAGGGAAGGGAAGGAGAUGUGAUGGCUAUGGAUUGAGUCAAGAACGAACCGCGCGGUAAAGAACCUUUGCUGCGUGGUAAGGAGCUAUAGAAAUUUAGAGCUGACGAGAGAGUGAGAAUUUGUCCUUUGUUUGCCCUCUCUAGCUGCUGCUGGUUACAGUAGUGUAGUAAGAAGGGGAGGCACACACUAUUGUCGUUAACACAGCAUUGGUGGUGGUUCGGGUAUUGACUCAGUUUCUGCCAGCGAUCGCUCUCUGAUCAUUUCCCAAGGAACAAAGUUGGUUGUUGCGUUGUAGUAGUCCUUUUUGGGUUUUUUAUGGUUUUGGUUUCGCUGUUGAAGUUGUAGACGAUGGAACUCGUAUGUUGUUAUCGCUGCUUAAUGUAUCUUGGUUUUACCUUGUCUAAAA